UUCCUUUUCGACGGUGCAUAUACGUCUCCCUUUCUCCGAAUGAGCACAGCGACACCCGAAUUGAUCGAUUAACGAACGGAACAGCCAACCAUCGGUGUCCGACCACUGACGUCUAUGCUAGCGCCAUCUAUAUGGAUAUAAACGACGAUUCUCCGGAGGACGUAAAACGUGCCGUUUCGGUAGAAAAGGAGAUAAGGAAGGGUGAAAAGGACGACGUAUUUGACGUACGUCCACGAGAAAGAGAAAAGAAGAAAGAAAGAUGGUUACAUUGCGCCAAACCGUUGCCGAAGAAAAAGAAAGUUACAGCAGAGGAAUGUUGUCAAAGAAAAAAGAAGAAGGCAGCAGCUAAGGACGUGAAACAAGUGACGGUGAUGAUUUAUGGUAAACCAUGUAUUUUUCCUAAGAAGGACAUCAUUCCGAGACAUUGUCUGUCAAAAAAAGAGUAUAUUAACUUACUAGCCACUCCGAACCGUAAAUGUCCAUCGCCAUGUUUGCAAGAGGCAGUGAUAAGAAAGUUGAAACCAAUUUCAACAAGAAUCAAAGAACUCGCUCGACCAACGAAGCACCGUAUGUUGAUGACCCUGCAGGAAGUUGGUACAAAAUUGAAGCCCGAAUUUGUGGAUAAUUUAAUAAAAUCACUGGAGGGUGAAACUUGUCUUACACCAGAGCAAGCAGCGAAGGUGUUUCGCGAUAAAAAACGUAAGAGAAUCACUAGGAAACGAGAAAAGCCACGUAAGUUUAGUCGGAUUAGUCGAACGACAAAAAAAUCUAGUGCAGCAAGUGCAACGAUAUUGGACAAGGAUGCAGUAAUGUGUCAAUAUAUGAUGGCCGAGUGUUUUGUUAAGAGUAUUCUUGAUUGGAAAUGUCCUAUACCGAAGGAAGAGUACGAGGACAUUGCAAGCGUGAUAAUGAGGAGAUUAAGUUACAUCCUUGAAUAUACGCCGACCGAUGAGAGCGAUCGUAAGUCUCAGCAGAUGCGUUUUCUCUCGGACAUAAUAGCUUCUUGGAUAUCGGGAGUUCUCUUCGAAGUUGCGGACGAUCAGAAGAAGGAACUGGAAGAAAUUUGUGAGAGAAAACGGAAGGAAGCAGAGGAAGAAGAGGAGGAGGAGGAGGAGGAAGAAGAGGAAGAGGAAGAGGAAGAGGAGGAAGAAGAAGAGGAGGAGGAGGAGGAAGAAGAGGAAGAAGAGGAAGAAGAAGAGGAGGAGGAAGAGGCCGAACCGGAGAUAACAGAGGAAGAAAAACUUGCGAUGGAAGAGGCUGAGAGAUUAGAGAAGGAACGACAGGAAGAGGAAGAAAGGAGAAUUCGAGAGGAGGAGGAAGAAAGGAUCAGGAAGGAAGAAGAGGAAGCUAGAUUACAGCGAGAGAGGGAGGAAGAGGAGGAAAGAUUACGGUUAGAAGAAGAAGCGAGAUUACAGCGAGAAAGGGAGGAAGAGGAGGAAAGAUUACGGUUAGAAGAGGAAGCGAAAGAGAAGGGGGAAGAGGAAGAAGAGGAAGCGAGAUUACGGAAAGAGCGAAAAGAGGAAGAAGAAAGGUUACGGAAAGAAGAAGAGAAAGAUAUAUUACGCAUGGAAGAAGAAAGAAGGAAAGCGGAGGAAGAAGAGGAGAAAAAGAAAAUAGUAGAAGAGGAAGUCGAGAAGCCUAUAAUAAAGAUCGGAGAAUACGAAUUCUUCCCUACCGACCUGCCGUUCGUGACCUUCGGUUUGUUAAUAGACGUUCUUUACGUUAUGUUGGAGUCUAUGCCAGAGAGCAAAGAGAUUGAUCUGGUUCGUGAUCGUAUUCAGAGAGCGAUCUAUGAAAAGUUUAGUUCUAUAAUAGAGGACGAAGAUCCAAAAGCAUUGACCGAACACAUGAAGGACGUAUUGAUAGUUUUAGCUGGGAAGAUCGCGACCUGGCUUAAAAAUAUUCUCAGCGAGUCGCAAAUCAUGUUCAUCGACAAAUAUCCGGCUGAAGUCGAAUCCGUUGAAAUUAGGGAUUGGUCGAAGUGGCUCACGUACGUCAGCGAUACCGCAAGCAAUUGGGGUAACUGGCUUCACAAGGUCGUCGAGCAAGCCGGAGAUAUACGGGAAGAGGGUAUAACCCGAGGCGAUUGGCAACAGUGGACGAAAUCCGUCGACGUUGAUGCUCUCCUUUGGAGACGCUUUCAUCUGCAGACCAUUCAUCAGGCUCAUAGAAACGCUACGUUGAUGGCGCAGAGGGAAGUAGUUAAGACUGGCACCAAGACAAUGGACUUCUCCGAGAAAGAAAUACGGAACACCAAUCUUCAAAGUGUCGCUUGACGAAAAAAAGAAAUGAAAAAACGAAGAGAAAGAAACAGAUUGUAAUUUAAUACGAUAUUUAUAAAGAAACUACGAAAUAGAAUCUAUAUUCGUCCGAUUAAAAAAAAUGUCAAAAAUAUAAGGAUCAACGCGUAACAUUUUAUCGUUAACAUUAUUUUAUGAUUUAUUUAACAAUAAUCUUAUUACAAUUAUCUGAUUAAAAUAAUUCAUUCCAUCUAA